AUGUCUGUGAAAACUGCUACUAAUUCAAUUCCUAAGGCUAUUAAGGCUAGUCUGGUACUUUCGAGAAUUCCGAUCGUUACUCCAGAACUCAAUGCAUUAGAAAGCAAGUACUUUCAAUACCAAAGUGAGCUUGAAAGAAGACUCAUGUGGACAUUUCCUUCUUACUUCUAUUUCAAAAAAGGUACUUUGACUGAACGUCGUUUCCAAUCUGCGCAGAAGGGUGUAAUCAGUAAGCAACCAGGAGUAUGGUUCCCAAAAGGUGUUCCAGACGUCAAACAUAACAGAGAAAGAAGCCAGAAACAAGAAAUUGUGUUACCAAAGGAUACAUCAGAAUCUUCGCUCAACUCGGAUGUUUCAAGACCUAUUGUUCCAAACUCUAGAAUCACUAAAGCGGAUGAAAAAAACGAUAUUAGCAGCUUAGAAAGAAAAUUAGACAGAACCCUAUAUCUUCUUGUGAAAGAUGGAAAAGAAAAUUGGGUAUUACCAAACUUCCCCGUUGAAGCUGUGAACAGUGAAGAGAAGAAAGCCUUGCAUGAAACCGCUGAAAUAGGAUUGAGAAGAAUUGGUGGUGAAGACAUCAACACAUGGACAGUAUCAAACACUCCAGCUGGUGUUAUACAAUCUGAUAAAGAUCUUCAAUUUUUGUUCAAGUCGCAUAUAGUAGCUGGGGAAUUCAAAUUGAAGGACAAGAGAUCAAUCAAAGACUUUGCAUGGUUGACUAAGGAUGAAAUAAAAACAAAAGUUAAUGAAGAGUAUUUCAAAGAGAUUCAGUACCUACUAGCUGAUAAUUAA